AUGUUGAGCGACCGCAACGUACUUGGAAGGCUUAUUGCCUUGAGCGAGCAAGAAAAUCCGACAUGGACGGUGCUUGUUUCGUUCGUGAAGCUCAUUGCGUAUCUCGACGAGCUUUUGCAUUUCGCUCUGGACGAAAAGAUCACGCUUUGGACAUUAAUGGAACAAAACGAAGGGCUGCAGGGCAGCAACCACUCGACCAUGGCGCAUUCGUUUAAGCACUUCGCGAUGGAAAGAGCAAGGUUGGCCGCGAUCGAUUUUGCCACUCCCAGCCGCGAAAUUGUUGAAACGUUCGAAGGGACGGGUGCCGCCUCCAGCGGAGUACCUGCCGCCAGUCGAAACCGCCGCGGAUGGGAGGAGCGCGCGCACCCGUACCUGAUCCCUACGAGGAACCAGGUUCUGAAGCACUUCGGAUUCCACUUCCGUGACGGGAGAAUUGUCAUUGCCAAAAACAAGCCGCUCCGUGGACAGCCCCAGGAGUGGGAGGAGGAGAAAUUGAAGGGUAAACACGGUUCAAUUGAUCCUGGGGUACUGAGGUGGAUUAACGAACAGUAUUCCAGAUUGAAUUCCAACCCGGAUUCAGGCUCGACGAGAACACAGGCUCCGGAUGCUUCGGAUCAAAUGAAAAAAUGGUGUAAGGACAAUGCGCAGCUACUGCUGGACAACUUUUCUGCACUUUUUGCGCAACUCAAUAUUCAAGAUGUCCGACCUGCCACUGAAUUUUUGCUUCGGUGGAAGACCAAUCCUGCGGAACUUACUUCGGACCAACAAGCGGUAGCAACCGCACUUGGCGCGGACAUCGAACGUGCCGUCUCAAACGGCACCAUGACUCCUGAUCCAAGCCAAACCGACUUCGACAUUAAACCUGGGGCGCCGGGCACCUUCCUGGGACCCCACAUCGACAACGCCUCGCGCGACCAGCUGCUGGAGCAUCUACGAGAU